AUGGAUGCGAUUGUUGAAAAGACGGAGAGCAUGUUUUGCUACCAUAGAUGCGCUUCGUGGCAUGUUGUUGAUGAUUCGGUUGCGACACUUCUACACGAACUGGUCAGUAAGCGGCACCUACGUGUCCUCGUGUCGGAUUCCAACCAGGUUGCUUCUCACCUUCUGCCGUUAUUCAUGUCCCUGCUUCAUGAUGAUAAAGUGCAGCACCACGCAGUUGCCAAGCUCCCAUCAUUUAAAUGGCUGAGUCUGACCGGGAACCCCAUUCCUACACGCAUGGAAGAUGAAGACAUGCAGGCCGCUUGA